CCAAACAGGAUCGACCUCUCUCCUUCUCUCUCACAGCCCUCCAGCCAUAGACACACACACAGCCACAGGAGAGAGGGAUGUCACAGCUGAAAGAAAACCAGUCCUCCUCCAUCGUCUGCAUGAAGAACAAGCAGUGCGCGCCCAUUCUUCACGCGUACGCACGGGUUAUUUACUGCUUUUACGCGCAGUCCGGAGACAAAUUGGUCCAAUUUUGGGCUUGCUGACUAUUUGUUAUCUUGUCAUUUCUCUCUCUCUGUCUCUCUGUUGGUGGUAAUAAUGCUCCCCAGCCCGCUCAUGACUUCUUCCACCACGCCUUUCUCCGUGAAGGAUAUUCUGAAGUUGGAGUUGCAGCAACAAUCUCAGCAGCAGCAGCUCCAGUUCAUCUCCUGCUUCGGUCUCUCACAGCCGGGAGCUUUUCAGAACAAACCCUCCUGCAUGUUGGCCGGGAGGGACAGUCCGAGUCCCAUCAGCUCCGGGCUGUCGGAGAGCGACGAGAGGAUGUCGUACCUCAACAACACACUGACGGUGCAAGACCGGCUGACGGUGCAGGACCGGCUGGUGGAGUCCGGUCAGCCCGGGGAGAUGUUCUGCAACCCGGCGCACAACCUCUCUGCAGCAGACCUCCGGCUGGAGGAACCAGACAGCAAGAGCUGCGGUGCGUUGCGGGCUGAUUGUGAGGAUCAUCCGGACUCGGAGAAGCCCGCCAAGCAGCAGAGGACCAGGAGGAAACCGCGCGUGCUCUUCUCCCAGACUCAGGUGUUCGAGCUCGAGCGUCGCUUCAAGCAGCAGCGGUACCUGUCCGCUCCGGAGAGAGAGCACCUGGCCAGCUCGCUGAAGCUCACCUCCACUCAGGUCAAGAUCUGGUUCCAGAACAGGAGGUACAAAUGCAAGAGGCAGCGGCAGGACAAGAGUCUGGAGCUGGCAGGUCACCACCACCACCACCACCAUGCACCUGCACCGCCCAGGAGGGUGGCCGUGCCGGUGUUGGUCCGAGACGGCAGGCCUUGUCUGACUGGAUCCCAGAACUAUAACCCGUCCUACACAGUCGGAGGAGCUCCAAACCCGUACAGCUACAACAGCUACCCGGCCUACAGCUAUAACAACUCGGUGUACACCAACACUUACUCCUGUACUUACUCUAGUCUACCUGCUCUGCCGCCCAGCAACACCGCUGCUAAUGCUUUUAUCAACAUGAAUUUGGGAAAUCUCGGCGCACAGACGCAAAGCCAUCAGGCGAGCCACCAAGGACCAGUGGUCACACCGUGCCAGGGAGCUCUGCAGGGCAUCCGGGCCUGGUAGCUGGGCUCUUUACGCACGACCACAGACACUUCUUCUUCUUGGAUGGACUCGAGCAUGUGAACCUGAUCUACUAAUGCAAGGAAAGCACAAUUUAAAACUCUGUGAGUGUGGGCCAGUUGGCUGUAACUCAAGGCAGGCCAGUGAGGAAAUCCGAGCCCAUUGACUGAUAAAAACCAUAUUCAGUAUAUGCGCAUUUUUCUCUGAGCCAAAAUGUUUAGAAAACGUAUUAAACCUGCUGAAUGUCGCCGCUGAGCAAAAGACUGUGCGUAAUGUGGCCUAUUGUGGUUCAAAAUGGAUGUAAUGUGCGACAAAAAUAAAAGGGAAACUGUAGGACAUUUCAUACAAAACACAUAUGAAAUGUGUUAUAUUAUUAGCCCAUAAUGAAUUCAUUAUAGGCCCAUUCAAUUAGAUCCCUAAAAUGUAUUGCAAGAAAAUAACUAUUGCUAGAUAAUGCAAUCUUAUUAAGUAUUAUGUUUUUUUUCCCCUCUUCUUUUUUAACAGCUGUGUGAUUUGAGUAAAUGAGAUUGAACGACGUGACCUGUUAAAACGGCCUGUUUUUACGCUCAAGUUACAACGACGAAAAGUAUCACUGAUGAUGAAAUUAAAUGAUGCAAACUUAAUGACACACGUGACUAUUGUUUUGUGCUUUGUGUGUGUGUGUGUUUGCGUGUAACUACGGAACCUAAACAAAUACAGUAUCCAUUUAUGUAGAAAUGUACGCUUCUAUGCCAAAUAUGACGUUUCUGAUCUCGUUUGGAAGCACGUUGUUAUUUGCAUUUCAACAUUCAU